UUUACAAUCCCUAACAUUUUACAAGAUGAACAACGAAGAAUCAGGAUGGAUACUCGAAUUCCUUCUUCGCCAACCUUCAAUCGACGACACAACCUUAAACAACCUAAUCAAUGUUCUCCCAAUUCCAAAUAACAACAACAAUCAACGUUUCAAGAAAACCUUAAUCUUGCGAAAACUCGAAACCCAUCUCGAAAAAGGUACAAUCUUUGAACACACUAUUGAAUUGUUAGAACAGCUAGAGCAAUUAGACCACUUGUUAAACAAUACCCAUGUUUCAGAAUCCCUUAAAACUGCUUAUUCGACUGUCGUUUUACAUUGUACUGCUAAACUUAUCGAAAAACUUGUCGAAAAAACGGAUAAAAAUGGUAAGGAGAGUGAUGAGAAUAAAAAAGGGGUGUUUGAUAAUGUUGUGAAGAGUAUAUGGGUUAGUAGGAUAGAGGCGAAAAAUGUGGGAUUGUUUCGAGAUGAUUUGAUAGGGUUGGUUAGUGGGAUUGAGACGGGUGUGGUGGAUGUUCGGGUUUGGGAGAAGGCAUUGAAAAUGUAUGAAGGAGUUGAUGUGUUUGAGGUUGUUAGACGGUAUGUGAACGGCGAGAAAGAGAAGAUGGGACCUCCGUUUCUUGAAUUGGCGUGCGAGGUGAUUUUGACUGAUGAUGGGUUGCGAAAGGUUAUGGGCUUGGAUGACGGUGAUGGGGUUCAUACUCGGGUUGAUGAUGGUGCAGGAAAUGUUGCUGCUGCGGAUGGUGUUCAAGAUUUGGAUGGGAAAAGGAAGAGGAAUGAUGCAUUGAAGACUCGUGUUUUACCAAUACACAAGCAAGUUUCACCUAGACGACCCAGAGGAUCGGGACCUCAUAGAGGAGCUAAGAUAGUUGAUCCCUUGGAGACAUCUCACGACAAUUAUGAUAGCAUUCCUACCCCUGAAGUGAAUAAAGUACAGGAAGCCCUUGAGACCAGUUCUAAAGAACUGCAAGCAGUGGUAAAGGACCCUCUUCUUGAUGCAUUACGUCUCGCUGAGUCUUUCAAAUCUAGCAAGAGUGGAGAUAAUAUUGCUCAUGACCAUAUUGUAGAUAAUUCUACUAUGGUCACUGAUGAAGCUCCCAGUUCUUCACAUGAUAGGAAAGGUAAAGCUCUAGAAGCCAAUGGAGAUGACAAUUUAUGCGGGAAUCAAAACAAAAGGCGUAAGCUUAACUUAAUGGAACGAAAUGAAACUGCCCAUACCGUUGAGUGGAGUGACUCCAUUGAUACCUCUGAGGAAGAGUCACCAAAAAGACCUCACUUGCCAAGUCCCAAAAGGAGAGCAGUCUCACCUUUAAACAUUUACAAAAUGGGAAAACUUGCAAAGCAGCGGGAGAGAAAGAAAUGGACCCCUUUAGAGGAAGAUACUCUUCGGGCUGGAGUGAAAUUGCAUGGUAAAGGAAAUUGGAAGCUGAUCUUAAAUUCAUAUCGCGACAUCUUUGAAGAUAGAACCGAGGUUGAUUUGAAAGACAAGUGGAGAAAUCUGACACGCUGAUGACUGUAGUUACCCUUAUCAAAUUACUAACCGGGCCCUAACUUUGUAUUGUUAAACAUCUAUAUGUGAAGCAUGGAUCAACAACAUCCACUUGGAAAGAAGAUUGACGGUAAUGAAAUGUUAUUUUGUUAAUAUUGUAGUUAAACAAAUCGCUAGUUGUGGUGGUAAUUCUCGUUGCAACACCUGCUGGUUCGAAGCUGAUUCUUUGUUAUGUUUAUAGUGUAUGUCCUGUUUGUGGGUUUUUAUGACCAUGCUUCUGGAUGAUCCCACAUGUACUGUUUAACUCUUUGGUAGAAAUGCAAUUUUCAUAUGAUAUGAGAA